AUUGGUGCUACGCGGACCAGACGAGUCACAUGGGUGUGUUUCGCGCGAAAGGUUACUUCCUUGCAGCUUGCAGUAAGGCGAAAGAGAGGUAGACUUGGUGGCUUGAUUGAUUAUAGAUGUAUAUUUUUAAUUGCAUUAGAGAAGCGUACUAAGUUGUGUAGGUCAUUACGGACAUAAACGGGCAAAAAUGUCUCAGGCUCGCGUAACAGAUUUCUUUGCCCAGAGCAAACGUAGUGGUAUUGCUAGACAUCUUACGGGUAAAAGUGAACAGAAAGCGUUUGUAGAAACUGAGGUGCGGAGGACUGCGAUAAAGGAGGAAAAUACAAGAUCCACUCGGACGAAGAAUGCAGCUGCAAAUAGACCGGCUACAACUAGAUCUACGCGCUCCAAAAAAGCCGUACAACAUAACCCGAAAGCUGCGGCCGGUUUACAGGUGGAUAAAGAAGAGACUUCCGAUGCACCUUUGGAAAGAUCCUUGGAGCAAAGUCAAAAGGAAUGUCCUCGGACCCCCAAACGGACUUCGUCUGAGUUCAACCUUUCUUCGGAACUGUUCCCUCCUGGGGAUAGCUCUGCAAAGAAGCGUGCUCGGGUGGAUUUGGGUCGGGAGGUUAGCCCUACUGUGUCGAAAACUGCCGAGGUGAAGACCCAGAAGAAAUCCGCCAGAAAAAAACUAAUCCUAUCUAAGGAACAGGUGACCAAACCUGUGAACAACCACAGCUCAUUAUCUGGUGAAAAUGAGGUUAAGAAUUCAAAUCAGGGUGCCAGCUCCUCUCCAGUGGGGAAACAGAAGACCUUCUCCAAAGAGGACGUUGCUGCACUGAAGUCUCGUCUCCAGAAGAUCCAAGAACAGAAACAGAAGCCAUCUCCCGUUCCUGCUGCCAGCGUCGACGCCUCUGACGUCAAGGCCACACUCGCACGUGCCCGGGAGCUGGUGGCGAGAGUUCAGCAGCGGAAGGAGAAGGAAAAGACUGAAGAGGCCAAAGUUGUCACAGAGGAAACUCCACCUGAACCUGAGGAUAGAGAGAAGGUACCGGCGUACCAGCGCUACCACACACUCGCCCAAGAUGUUCCACCUGGCCUCUCCCUGCCUUACAAGUACAAAGUUCUGGCAGAGAUGUUCAGGAGCACGGAUGUCAUUGUGGGGAUGCUCUUCAAUCGUUCUGAGACGGUCACCUUUGCCAAAGUCAAGCAGGGCGUCCAAGAUAUGAUGCACAAGAGGUUCGAGGAGAAUCACGUUGGUCAAAUUAAGACGGUCUAUCCUUCAGCAUACACCUUCCGUCAAGAGAAAAACAUUCCUAAUUUUAGUGCCACCGCAAAGAAGUCAAGCUACCAGCUAACACUGGAGCCAGUUCUCCAAGAUGAGAAGAGUGGUACACGUCCUCAACUUUCAGCUUCGCGUCUGCUGGAGAGGAGACGUACUUUCCACCGAAACCUGGUUGGCAUUGUGAAGCAGCACCACCGGGCGUUCCUAACCUCCCUGGACCCUCCACUAAGUGUCCCGGAUGACAAGCUAACCCGUUGGCAUCCUCGCUUCAAUGUGGAUGAGGUCCCCAACAUACAGCUCAGUGAGCUGCCUCAGCCACCACACCUGGACAAGCUGACAACUGCCCAGGAAGUUCUGGACAAGGCCCGUUCUCUGAUGACCCCGAAGAUGGAGAAGGCCCUGUCUAACCUGGCCCUGAAGACUGAAGUGCCUCUGACAAAAGACUCGGAGCCCCCAGAGAAAACACAAUCUGCUCCUGGAACUCCCCGCGCUUUAGCAGGAAUUUCCCAGUCUCUCGUAGAGAGGAUCAGGGCAAAGGAGGCUCAGAAGCUCCAGGCUGCCAUGAUGCGCAGCCCUCAGCAAGAAGAGCGCAUGCUGAUGAUGUCACGGCUGGCGGAGCUCGCCAGGAUCCUGCGUAAUGUCUUCGUGGCAGAGAAGAAGCCGGCCUUAGUCAUGGAGGUGGCCUGCAACCACAUGACUUCCAGCUAUCGCUCCGCGCUCAGUGUCGGGGAGAUGGAGAAGCACCUGCGUCUGCUGGCAGAACUGGCCCCUGAAUGGCUGACCGUCCACCAGAUCAGGAAGGAGUCCUACCUGAAGCUGAACAAAACUGUGGAUUUGAACGUGAUUCUGCAGAAGCUGAACAAGAAGAUGCAGGAGGAGGAGAAGUGCUGAAUGGCUGAAGGAUAGUGUGCAGUUAGUGUGGAUGUUUUUAAAUAAGGGUGGUUUGACUUUUUGCUUUCGGUAUCAUGGCUGCUGAGAGGUUUUAACUUCAGUAGGGUCUUGGGGGAGUUUUAGCCAAGACUUGCGUAACUACCAUUGCUGAUGUAAUCACAUAGAGGGUAGUGCAUUUAUGGUAGAUCACUGUACUUUGACUUUCUCCAUUGCCCUGUUCUGAAUCUAGUGGCUGACUUCACAAGCUUUUUUAUAAGUAGGGAAGGAAGCUUCAAUAAAGUUGCUUUUUGUAUUCCCUGCAA